GUUUUUAGCCCAUUCGACCGUUUGUUUAAUUGCAUAACUACGACUACAUCUUACUUUCAAUUUCCUCUUUCCAAAUCAUUGAAUGCGCUCCCUCUCCUCUCUCUCUCUCUCUUUCCACCGCUUUGAGUUUUCGAGAUUUGCAUAGGCACCUGAAACUCCUCUCUACACUAGAUCCAACCCAACCCACCACUCUUCCCCAAUUCACUCCCACUAUACCCUCUUCUCCUUUCAAUCCCCCAUUUUUUCCAGAUCCACUGCAUUUCAAUCCUCAAAUUUUGAUCCCAUAAGACAAUGGGGUAUAGAGCAGAUGAUGAUUAUGAUUAUUUGUUCAAAGUUGUGUUGAUUGGAGAUUCUGGGGUUGGAAAAUCCAACCUGCUUUCCAGAUUUACUCGUAAUGAGUUUAGCCUUGAGUCUAAAUCCACCAUUGGUGUUGAGUUUGCUACUCGGAGUAUUCGCGUUGAUGAUAAAGUUGUCAAAGCUCAAAUUUGGGAUACUGCUGGCCAAGAAAGGUACCGUGCAAUUACUAGUGCUUAUUACCGCGGUGCUGUUGGUGCACUACUUGUCUACGACAGCACUCGUCACGUCACAUUUGAGAAUGUAGAAAGAUGGUUGAAAGAGCUCCGAGAUCAUACAGAUUCUAAUAUUGUGAUCAUGCUUGUGGGGAAUAAGGCAGAUCUACGGCAUUUACGGGCUGUUUCCACCGAAGAUGCUCAAACAUUUGCUGAGAAAGAAAAGACCUUCUUCAUGGAAACCUCUGCCCUAGAAUCAUUAAAUGUCGAAAAUGCUUUCACAGAGGUACUUACUCAAAUAUACCGAGUUGUCUGCAGAAAGGCUCUGGAAGCUGGUGAUGACCCUGCUGCUGUGCCCAAAGGACAAACCAUUAAUGUGAAGGAUGAUGUAUCUGCAGUGAAAAAAGUUGGAUGCUGUUCAACAUAGUCCUGAGAGUUGAUUGGGUUGAGGGUGGUAAAGCUGUGUGUAAUAUUGGGGUGUUACUGGAAGCAUCAAAUACACAUUAGAGCUUCUUUGCACAAUUUAUUUAGCUUCAUGUUUAAUCCUGUUCUGGAAAAGUGUGGAUUUGCCUGUUUUCUUUACAGCUCAAGCCCCAGGAGUUAGUUUCCUUGAUCGGAUGAGAUCUGCAUUUCUGCUUCCAUCUCACCUUAACAAGAUCUUUCUCAUAUCGAAGCUGUACUAUUGGCUUCAAUAUUUUCGUUCUAUAAUUAAAUGUAAUAUCUUAAGAUAAAGGUUACUUUAAAUUUCACCUAUUAAGCUUCUGCUUUUACAUGAAGCCAAUGUAACUUGGAUAUUUUCAUAUUAUCAUUUAUCUAGAUUUGGUUGUCCUGCCUCUGUAUUA